AAACUGAUUUAACUCAUCUAUUAGUUGCUUACAGUCGCUGAUAAAAGCGACAUUCUCAUACCGCAAGCUUCUGAUUUGCUGGACUGCAAUUAACAUUGCUAUUGCCUCUGCUUCUAUGGGUGUAUUCGUUGGCAUGAUAGAAGAGGACCCUCUUAUCUUUUGGAUGCCUUCUUUACUGUGUAAGGACCAUCCUAUUCCUGCUAGCUCUUGGUUACUCUUCCACUAAGCAUCAACUAAGCAAUAUAAAUUUGUUAAUGGCGGGAGUACGUCAUGAAUGUUUUCCGUUUGAUUCCUCGGUGCUCCAGUACUCCGUUCUUGUGAGCUUUCGGUGUCCAUUGCUUCAUUCAAACACUGAUUCUACCUUAUUGCUGCGUGAAUAACUCUGAGUAUGUGAUCCCUCUUGUGAUGGAACAAAAUGUUAUUUCUCAUUUUCCAGAUGUUCCAUCCUGCAAAAAAAAUCAGAGCUUCUCUUUUAUCCUGCUUAGCACCAACCAACAGAUUAUUAAUAUUCUCAAUCAGAUUAUUUGAGGUGCUAGCUGCGACAUGAAGAAGGAAAGAUAAAUUUACUUUUUAAUUUAUUUGUAAUAAGAUUGGAUAUUUUUUUAAAAAAAGGUUUCCUAAAUCAUUUGUUUUGUAUGUUUAUUGAAGGAAAUUUUUAAAUUGGGUAAUCAAAUAUCCUCGGAAUCAUUUUCAUAUUUUCUUUCACUACUAGUGGUUUAAUAUUUCCCAUAAAAGAUCUCUGAAGAUCACAAUCGUAUUCGAAAUUUAAAGAGUAUUUACUCCAGGUUAUUCGUUAUUAAUCGCUUAGAAACGAUUCUAGCUUCUCUUUGCUCUUUCUUGAAGGUUUGUUUCCCUCUCGUCUCUCUUCUCUUUCGUUCUGUUGGUACAGACGAUUCAACUAAAUGAUUAGGUCGUGUUUUUUUUUUCUUACAUUUUAGAUUGUUUUAAGGUUUAUUGUUUUUUUCUUGGUGUUGAUAAUCACCUUUAAUUAGCAGAAUUUGGAGAUAAUAAUUCGGUUGCUUAACCUUAACGUUUGUAGUUUGAAGGAAAGAAAAACAAUUCCAGGGAGAUGACUGAGGUUACUAGUAAAGAGUCUGGAGCAAACCCCUCUGAAUUAUAUGGGACAUAUACAUGGAAGAUUGAGAAAUUUUUAAAAAUAAGUAAGCCAGAGAUCCGUAGCAAUGUUUUUGAAGUUGGUGGCCGCCAAUGGUUUAUUUUAGUUUAUCCAAACGGCUGUGAAGUUCGAACCCAUCUCUCUUUGUUUCUCUGUGUUGAAAACCGUGAUAAACUUCUUCCAGGUUGGAGUAAUUUUACUCAGUUUACUAUAUCUCUGGUCAAUAAAGAUCCAAAGAAAUCAAAGCUUUCAGAUACGUUGCACGAGUUUUGGAAGAAAGAGCAUGAUUGGGGAUGGAAAAAGUAUGUGGAGUUACCUAAGUUAUAUGACGGUUUCAUUGAUGAGUACGGCUCUCUUACAAUAAUGGCUCAAGUCCAAGUCAUUAGAGACAGCGUGGACCGACCUUUUCCCUGCCUUGAUGUUCACUAUAGGAGGGAACUUGUUACGGUUUAUUUCAAAAUGGUGGAGUCUAUUUUCUUGGGAUUUAUGAAAGAGAAAAAAAGCAAGUUGAUGGAGGACAAGACGAGAUGGGCAAGCUUAUGUGCCUUUUGGUUAGAGAUGGACCAAAAAUCAAGGCGAGAGAUGUCUCGAGAGAAAAUGGAAGUGAUUCUAAAACUAGUUGUGAAACAUUUCUUCAUCAAGAAGGAAGUUACAUCCUCUUUGGUGAUGGAUUUCUUGUUUCAUGGGUUAAACUCUCUCGUAUGGAAUACCAACAACGAGAAAACAAUACAUACAGUUUCAAAACAAAUGGGGAAACUCCUUCAGGAUGAUUUGGAUUCUACAAUAUUGAAGGCUAUUGAAGAAGAACCAAAGGAAGAGAGAGCAACUGAUGUCAAAAACUUGCCAGCUCCAAUUGUUAGUGUGGACAAAGAUGUGUUUGUUUUCGUUGAUGAUGCAAUGUUACUCAUGGAGAAAGCUGUUGAUCUUGAGCCGUUGCCUGAUGAAAGGGAUCCACAAAACCGUAUGGAGGUUAGUAACGACGGAGGGGGUGAGGAUGAGAAGCUAUUAACUGAGCUUGCUAGACGCACGUUGGAGGUAUUUAUUUUUGAUCAUAUCUUAUGCACCAAAGUUGAAGGUGCAUAUAAAGAAGCUAUUGCAUUGAAAAUGCAAGAAGAGCUUAUUCGUGAAGAGGAAGAAAAUCUGAACCAGAGAAGAGUGAAGUCAACUAAAAAGUUAGUGAAGAAUUAAAGAAAGUUAUCGUAUUGUUGGAAACGCAAAGUCAUUUAAAUUUCUUUUAGUGUUUGAUUACUAUGCCUUGUUAAACAUUUUUUAUGGUUUUGAGUUUCAGAUAAUUUCUCAACAA